AACCUGGAAGGUACACUCUUUUACCUUGUUUUAUUGUCUCAUGGCAGGGAUGAACCUGGAAGGUACACUCUUUUACCUUGUUUUAUUGUCUCAUGGCAGGGAUGAACCUGGAAGGUACACUCUUUUACCUUGUUUUAUUGUCUCAUGGCAGGGAUGAACCUGGAAGGUACACUCUUUUACCUUGUUUUAUUGUCUCAUGGCAGGGAUGAACCUGGAAGGUACACUCUUUUACCUUGUUUUAUUGUCUCAUGGCAGGGAUGAACCUGGAAGGUACACUCUUUUACCUUGUUUUAUUGUCUCAUGGCAGAGAUGAACCUGGAAGGUACACUCUUUUACCUUGUUUUAUUGUCUCAUGGCAGGGAUGAACCUGGAAGGUACACUCUUUUACCUUGUUUUAUUGUCUCAUGGCAGGGAUGAACCUGGAAGGUACACUCUUUUACCUUGUUUUAUUGUCUCAUGGCAGAGAUGAACCUGGAAGGUACACUCUUUUACCUUCUUUUAUUGUCUCAUGGCAGGGAUGAACCUGGAAGCUCGUAAAACCAAGAAGCUGAACCGUUUAAAGGGGGUGCAGCAGCCCACCAUGGCCGAGCUGACCCCCCGUCCGCUCCCAGAGGCCAGGUCGCUGGUCCCCAAGUCCAUGCCCCAGCUCACCCCCACCAUGCUGUCUCUACUAAAGGCCAUCGAGCCAGACACCAUCUACUCUGGCUACGACGGCACCCUGCCAGACACCUCCACACGCAUCAUGACCACCCUCAACAGGCUGGGGGGACGACAGGUGGUAUCAGCCGUCAAGUGGGCUAAGUCUUUGCCAGGGUUCCGGAACCUUCACCUGGACGACCAGAUGACUCUGCUGCAGUGUUCCUGGUUGUUCCUCAUGUCCUUCGGCCUGGGCUGGAGGUCCUACCAACAGUGUGACGGGAACAUGCUCUGCUUCGCUCCAGACCUCGUCAUCAACCAGGACCGUAUGAAGCUACCCUACAUGGCAGACCAGUGUGAACAGAUGUUGAAGAUCUCCAGUGAGUUUGUCAGACUGCAGGUGUCUCAUGACGAGUAUCUGUGUAUGAAGGUUCUGCUGCUGCUCAGCACCGUGCCAAAGGAUGGUCUGAAGAGUCAGGCAGUGUUUGAUGAGAUCAGGAUGUCCUACAUCAAGGAGUUGGGGAAGGCCAUCGUCAAGAGAGAGGAAAACUCCAGCCAGAACUGGCAACGCUUCUACCAGCUCACCAAGCUUCUUGACUCCAUGCACGAGAUGGUUGGUGGGCUGCUCAACUUCUGCUUCUACACGUUCGUCAACAAGUCUCUGUCGGUGGAGUUCCCAGAGAUGUUAGCAGAGAUCAUCAGCAACCAGUUACCAAAAUUCAAAGCCGGGAGCGUCAAGCCCCUCCUCUUCCACCAGAAAUGACUGUGUGGUGCUUCCGCCACCAAGACACAAUGCCUUAAAAUCCCCUCACCUUUCCCCUGACAGAGGGAGACCGGGAAGAAGAGAGGACAGAAGAGGAGAUGCUGUUUUGGGAGAAAGUAUACAAAGUACAAGGGUUUGGGGAUUUGGGGAUGAAACAUGGAGGAGGAAGGAGAGAUUUGUCAAGAGGCAGACGACGAGAGGGAAAGAGCACAGAGUUUUUUUUUGUUUCGUUUAACAUCUAUGAUCCAGUAUGCAGUAUAACAGUAGAAAUAAAUGUCUUAAGUUUAAAGAUAAUCAAGGAUUGAAAUAAACUAACCAUGUUUUCUCAGGUGUAUCACCCUCAGAAUUUAACAAUAUCUAGAUUAAACAAGUAUCUUAUGUACAGAUUAUUAAGAUGCUAUUUUUUACAGCCACAGGUUUAUACAGUUUAUUAUACAGGUCAUUUCUUACCUCAGCAAAGGUAACACUAUAACUCUUGUGAUGUUUUCCCACAGGUUUAGCUACUGGGUAUUCCUCUACCUACUGUCGUGUUUAGAACCUGGUUGUAACAGAGUUGAUUAUCAAGUCACAUGACAUAAAACAUCUCGUUUUGUUUCGUAACUGUCUUUACAAAAGCAUGUUUGCAUAGCUUUUUAUUUUUAAUUUUUAAGUCAGGCAUAACAUUAUGAAAUAGUUUUUUUUGUUGUAAUGUAAGCGUACAGUACACAAUUCACAGACCUAUCUUUGUCUACGUUUAGUCGACACGCUGGCUGCCAGGUUUACACACACACACACACACACACACCGUCGAUCAGAAAAAAGGGAGAGAAAAAAAUAUGUGCCUUUUUAGUGUCUGAUUUUAGCCGUUCUCUGACUGUCCGAGGAUGUUCUUCCUUCACCAUCACGGUUGACCCUCGGUGUAUGUGAUUGUUGUUUUCUUCCUGUUACAUGCAGUUUCAGUCAGUUUUCCUUUUUAAAAUGGCUGCCGUGUUUGUCUGUUGCUAUUGCAGCUCGGUUAUGGAUUCUCAAUGUGAGAUCAAUCGAUCUAAUAAUACUCCCAAUCUACAUACAGUAUUCCAUUCCUGAUCUCUUGUUCACGUCUCUAUUUUAAAUACUAUUUUAGCACUAUACCCCCCCUCUCUACUAAACUGAGAGAAUGUGAAAGUAAGUAGUAGAAAAUAUAUCUUUAACUCUAUUGGAUGUUUGUAAAAGGAAGCUAUUAAUUGUCACCAUUGAACUUGUUAUUUUUGUCAGCAAAAUGUAACUGGGUCUUUAACUAGGCAAGUCAGUUAAGAACAAAUUCUUAUUUACAAUGAUGGCCUACUGGGGAACGCACAACAGAUUUUUACCUUGUCAGCUCGGGGAUUCGAUCCAGCAACCUCUUGGUUAAUGGCCCAUCGCUCUAACCACUAGGCUACCUGCUGGUUACUGGCCCAACGCUCUAACCACUAGGCUACCUGCUGGUUACUGGCCCAACGCUCUAACCACUAGCCUACCUGCUGGUUACUGGCCCAUCGCUCUAACCACUAGGCUACCUGCUGGUUACUGGCCCAUCGCUCUAACCACUAGGCUACCUGCUGGUUACUGGCCCAACGCUCUAACCACUAGGCAACCUCUUGGUUACUGGCCCAACGCUCUAACCACUAGGCUACCUGCUGGUUACUGGCCCAUCGCUCUAACCACUAGGCUACCUGCUGGUUACUGGCCCAACGCUCUAACCACUAGGCAACCUCUUGGUUACUGGCCCAUCGCUCUAACCACUAGGCUACCUGCUGGUUACUAGCCCAACGCUCUAACCACUAGGCUACCUGCUGGUUACUGGCCCAACGCUCUAACCACUAGGCUACCUGCUGGUUACUGGCCCAACGCUCUAACCACUAGGCUACCUGCUGGUUACUGGCCCAACGCUCUAACCACUAGGCUACCUGCUGGUUACUGGCCCAUCGCUCUAACCACUAGGCUACCUGCUGGUUACUGGCCCAACGCUCUAACCACUAGGCUACCUGCUGGUUACUGGCCCAUCGCUCUAACCACUAGGCUACCUGCUGGUUACUGGCCCAACGCUCUAACCACUAGGCUACCUGCUGGUUACUGGCCCAACGCUCUAACCACUAGGCUACCUGCUGGUUACUGGCCCAACGCUCUAACCACUAGGCUACCUGCUGGUUACUGGCCCAUCGCUCUAACCACUAGGCUACCUGCUGGUUACUGGCCCAACGCUCUAACCACUAGGCAACCUCUUGGUUACUGGCCCAUCGCUCUAACCACUAGGCUACCUGCUGGUUACUGGCCCAACGCUCUAACCACUAGGCUACCUGCUGGUUACUGGCCCAACGCUCUAACCACUAGGCUACCUGCUGGUUACUGGCCCAACGCUCUAACCACUAGGCUACCUGCUGGUUACUGGCCCAACGCUCUAACCACUAGGCUACCUGCUGGUUACUGGCCCAACGCUCUAACCACUAGGCUACCUGCUGGUUACUGGCCCAUCGCUCUAACCACUGUCGUCAGUCAGUGAACUUCUUCCUGUUGCUUUUGUUUUAACUGUUGUUUUGCUAGUCGUUUUUUUGCCCAUUGUCAUUGUUGGAAUGUGUCGGAGAGAGAUGCGUCAGCCAAUCAAAAAUAGAGAGUUUGAGAACGCAUCGGCGGCCCCAAAACCAGGCUGCUUGCUAUGGUUUCCCUAACCGUAAUAUUUAAUGGGAGUAUGGCAGUUCUUGAAUUUAGUUGUACAGUAGUUCUUGGUCACUUUAGGAAAGGCAGAGGGCUUCAGUGUUUGACCCUCAAUACUCUAUAUGCUGCAUUCUGUAUGAACACAGAUGUGUUUGAAUGGAUAGUAGAGGGGUAUGUGAAUGAAACAUGGCUAACUUGUCACUAUUGAUCCCUAAAGAGUCACUUAUAUUCUGGCAACAGUGACAUGUCACUGACAUAUCAGACAAUUUGACCAUUUUACGAGACAAACCAGCGAUACACAGGGGGUUCCGGAGAACUGCCACUGAUGGACCGUGGUCUAGGACAACCUCUUACCCACCGAGGCACCUUGCUUACAUCUUAGCUCUUUGUGUGUGUUUUACUAAAAACGUUUUCCAGUAAAGCACUUAGUACUAACAUCCUUCUCUGUCAUCUUGUGUUUUGCACUCAAACUGUGUGUCGUCCCAAAUGACACCCUUGUUCCCUUUGUAGUGUCUUACUUAUGACCAGAGGAGGGCUCUGGUCCAAAGUAGUGCACGAAAUAGGGAAUAAGGUGCCAUUUGGGAUGUAGCUUUGUUGAUGGAGGGCAUAGCUCUCCAUCUUCUGUCCUCUGGGAGUUUCAGUGCCAAACUUGAACUUUCUCUUUUUUUCAGGUUUGGAAAACAGUCCUCGUUUUAACAGUUGUCAGUGUUUAUUUCAGAAAAAGAUGAGGGAGAGAAAAAAAACUACUUAAAGCGCUUAUGUCCACUGUGGAUUGAGUGAAUUAUUACAGAAACUAAAAAGGUGAACUAUUGACCUUUUUUAGUGUUUUCAUCCACACUAGAGAUUCCCUCGCAUAAAUAUAGAUAGCAGGUUGACCCUUUAAGUCUAACAAACCCUUUCUAUACACAUGUACUUAGUUUAAUGAGUCCAACAUGAAUUUGUAAUAUUUUAUGAUUUUGUCAUCAUGUUGUCACCAAAAACAUUUUCCUGCUUUGUCAUUCAUGUUUUGCUUCUGUGCAGAUUUUUUGUUCUUUCUCCCGUGAAACACAAACCAACCCAGGUAUCAAAAUGAAUGUGAAUCUCUGUACUAGGUCAGGCGGGGAUGACUUAAGUCCUAGAGGGAGGGCAUAGUGUCUGCUGGUCCUGGAGGGAGGGCGUAGUGUCUGCUGGUCCUAGAGGGAGGGCAUAGUGUGCUGGUCCUGGAGGGAGGGCAUAGUGUCUGCUGGUCCUGGAGGGAGGGCAUAGUGUCUGCUGGUCCUGGAGGGAGGGCAUAGUGUCUGCUGGUCCUGGAGGGAGGGCAUAGUGUCUGCUGGUCCUGGAGGGAGGGCAUAGUGUCUGCUGGUCCUGGAGGGAGGGCAUAGUGUCUGCUGGUCCUGGAGGGAGGGCAUAGUGUCUGCUGGUUACUUUUCUUAACUCCUGGCACGUAUUUAAUCCAUUAAUUUUACUAGUUGCUCUGAGAGGGCAACAUACCUGGUUAAAUUCAGUCACUGGUUUAAAGGAAGAGACAAAAAACCAGGAGACAUUCUAAAAAUGUAUGGUGAUGCCGCAGGGGAGGGGAAUUUGAGAGAAUUGUUAACCCGAGACCUGAAGCGAUUUUGAAUAGUUGGGGUGUGUUCCAACUUCUCACCGAACUGGCAUUAAAAAUACAAUGCUAGUUAUUUGUUUGCCGUCAUUGGUCUAUUUACGUGUUGGAAAAAAUGACUAUUUUAUUAUUUUCAUACACUAUGCCAACAUCUAAUAAAAAACUAUACAUUAGUGAUUCUUAAGAACAACUAUACCAUACUCAGGUUGUUGUCAUUGGUUACACAUGUAUGUGGAUGGAACCGUUUAAAACCAAAAACAUUCGGUUUUGAUUCCCAACAUUGUGUGUUUUUGUGACAUUCAUUAAUUAACAGUCAGGUUAAAUAAAAGCUCACCUGGCCAUUCAGGUAAGUUAGUUUCAUACUGGACAUGCCAAAGUCAUUUGAUGUUCUCACUACUUGGUUAGCCAUUGUUAGCUUCCCAAUCUAUCCUAAAGGAAAAUAUUUGAUUUUCUUUCAAUGGUGGUACAAACAUAGUUGAGCAAAACCAGCAAACUAGUUCUCCCGAUCUAAACAGCUUCUGGAUUACUUUCUGCUGUUGCCUUUCAUAUAACAAGUAUGAAACCACAAACUACUCACCUCUCCUUAUCCAAAAAAUGUAUUGGUCUCUGUGAAAUUGUAUCAUACAGUACAUUUUUGACAAGGAAAUCUGAAAAUAUGCAAUACGAAUUACAAAUACAUGACUUACUUGUUGCUCUAAACAAGAGAAUAUGGACGUGUACUAUGUAAUUUCUUUUUUUUCUUUUACAAUAUAAGCUAUUUUAGACAGAAAAUGUUCACUUCAGUGAGCUAUUCUCUGUAUUUCUCUGCAGGACAGAUUUUCAGGAAACCUUUCAAUAGUGUCAAUAUAUACCAUUUAUUUAGACAACACAGUUCCACUAUAUGACAUUUUUCUAUCAGGUGGCCAAAGCAAAGUUCAGCAUAUUUUCCUGUCGUUUUAGUGGCUCGUGGAACGACAGACGUGCAGGGCUUUUCUGUUUCAUAACACAUUUUAUAUUUUCUUUUUUUUGUAUAGCUUUGGUCAAAUGUUGUGUACUAAUAUUAUGAAUAUAGUAGUCAGUCAAAAAGUUCACAAAUCAACCAGUUUGAACCUAACAAUUUCCUUUGCCCCAAAAUAUUGUUUUUGAAUUUCUAUUUUGUAUAAAACAUAUGCAGCCAUGAACUUCUGAAGGUAUUAUCAAGGGCAGAACGAUGAUUAUUCACUGGUAAUAUGCUGUUCUCCGAAGCUUAUUUGUUUUGCUUGUACACAAAUUAUGUACAUAUAAUCCAAAGUAAAGCAAAAACAAUUUGUUGUAUUUCUCCCACAAAUAAUAAUAGUUUUCUAUAUCCUGUGUAUUAUUGCUAAUCUGUAGGUCAUGUUGAUGCUUUUCCUUCCAUUAAAUGUUGGAACUACG